AUGCAGCUCAACCUCCCUUCAAAGCUGCUGAGGGUUAUCGCAGGGUGCGCGGUCGCGAGCCUUGUGAUGGUGUCGACAUACUCACUUAUGGCGCACCAAUCUGCAGGUGGGCUGCGGUUACCCGAAAUCCAUAACGGGACUUUCAAGAUGCUUGAAUGGUCAGAAUUCAAGCCAACAUGGACGACCGAGCAAAUGGAGCCCAGGUUUGCCUACGCCCAGUACGUUACUACGCUGGACUACUUAUGCAAUGCAGUCAUCAAUUUCGGCCUCCUCCGUCGGUUUGGCACAAAAUAUGACCUUGUCCUCAUCUUUCCCAAAGCUUGGUCCGAAGGGGUUCGUCUUCAAAACUCCAAAGAGGCGAAAGCAAUGCAGAAGCUUCAGGCCGCUCAACCCGACAUUUACUACAGGUCUUUCGACGUCAUAUCAACCAAUAGCGGCGACGCUACCUGGCGCGACAGCCUGACCAAGUUCCACUCGUUUGCCCUCACAGAGUGGUCCCGCGUGCUGGCCUUCGACUCGGACGCACUUGUUCUCAACAACAUGGACCACUUCUUCCUGAGCCCGCUUGCGCCCAUCGCGGUUCCACGCGCCUACUGGCUCACCGAAAAAGGCUCCAACAUCGCGAAGCAGAUCCUCGGAUCCCACGUCAUGCUGCUCGAGCCGAAUGAGCACCGUUACCGCAAGAUCCUCGACGAGGCCGCGCGCUCGGCUGACUUCGACAUGGAGGUCAUAAACCACAUGUUUUCCGACUCGGCCAUGAUUCUGCCGCAUCGUCGCCUAGCGCUGCUGUCUGGAGAGUUCCGGAAGCAGGAUCACUCCCAGUACAUGUCGCCGGAUGAAGAUGAAGAGUGGAAUGCUAUGGGCGAAGUUUCCCGCGCCUACCUGGUGCAUUUCAGCGACUGGCCUCUGCCGAAGCCUUGGAAGCCGCGGACGAAAAAGCAAUGGGAGGAUGCGUUGCCUGAAUGUCGGGAUGACGACGUCGAGACGGCCGACAAGCCGAAAUGUGCGGAUCGAUUCAUGUGGACUGGCUUCUACGAGACUUACGAUCAUGAGAAGGAACGUCAAUGCGAGAGGAGCCAGUUGUAG